UAUUUAGUUUUCCAAGAGAAAUCUCCAAGAAUAAUUGCCCUUUUCAUAUGCCAGCAUGUUUUGUUUAUUUUUCUACAGCAAGCGCGUGCAGAACAAGAAGAGGAGUUCAUCUCCAACACUUUAUUUAAGAAGAUUCAGGCUCUGCAAAAGGAGAAAGAGACCCUCGCCGUCAACUAUGAGAAAGAAGAGGAGUUCCUUACCAAUGACUUGUCCAGGAAGCUCAUGCAGCUUCAGCAUGAAAAGGCAGAGUUGGAGCAGCAUUUGGAGCAAGAGCAGGAAUUCCAGGUCAAUAAACUGAUGAAGAAGAUCAAAAAGCUGGAGAACGACACCAUCUCUAAACAGCUCACUCUAGAGCAGCUCCGACGUGAGAAGAUUGAUCUGGAAAACACUCUGGAACAAGAGCAGGAGGCACUAGUCAACCGGCUUUGGAAGCGCAUGGACAAACUUGAGGCAGAGAAAAGGAUUCUGCAGGAGAAGCUUGACCAGCCAGUGUCAGCCCCGCCCUCUCCACGUGAAGUUUCCAUGGAGAUUGACUCUCCGGAGAACAUGAUGCGACACAUCCGCUUCCUCAAGAGUGAAGUGGAGAGGCUCAAACGCAGCCUUCGCACUACAGAGCUUCAGCACACAGAGAAGCGGGCUCAAUAUAUUGAGGAGGAAAGGCAGAUGAGGGAAGAGAACAUUCGUCUUCAGAGGAAACUCCAGAGAGAAAUGGAGAGAAGGGAGGCACUGUGUAGACAGCUGUCAGAGAGUGAGAGCAGCCUUGAGAUGGACGAUGAGAGAUAUUUUAAUGAGAUGUCUGCUCAGGGACUGAGAGCUCGUACGGUGUCCAGCCCAAUCCCCUACACCCCCUCCCCCUCAUCCAGCCGCCCCAUCUCCCCUGGUUUGUCGUAUGCUAGUCACACGGUUGGUUUCACCCCUCCGGCCACGCUGAGCCGAGCACCACUCCCCCACUACACGUCUCCCGGGCUACACAUCCACCCAGGACCCUCACACGCUGUACAGAGGCCAUCCCCAAGGAGAAGCACCAGCCCAGAUAAGUUUAAGCGUCCGACGCCGCCUCCCUCCCCAAACACACACUCUGGAGCACAUCACCCUCCUCCACCACCACCCGCACAGCCGAUGGUGCAGUCUGGCUCCUCCCACUCUGUGACAUCACAGAAUCCCCCCUCUCAGCCUUAAUGCAUACACCGUGCGCUACCUUAAGUUAGGCUGCUCCAAGCUAGGCUACACUACUACUACAAUGACAACUCGGUGAUCCUCCACUGGGCAAAGGUUGGAAGGGAUUGGAGCGGAUAUGGAAUUAGAGGACUGUUGAACUGGGGAGCGAAAGGAUUGGGAAUGUGAGAAGGGAGAAGGUGUAGAUGCUUGGCCUACUGACGGAUCCAUAACCAGCCCCAUGCCGUUAAAUUUCGUUAUUCUUACGUUUUUUUUUUUUUACUUUUUCCUUUUUUUUCUGUAAAGUGAUCAAGCUGGUUCAGGGAAUAGAUUAGGAAAGUAUAGGAAGAGAG